UCCACCAUCCACUGAGAUACAAGAACUAUACUGAGUGAGUCCACCAUCCACUGAGAGAGUGAGGAAUUAUACUGAGUGAGUCCACCAUCCACUGAGAUACAAGAACUAUACUGAGUGAGUCCACCAUCCACUGAGAGUGAGGAAUUAUACUGAGUGAGUCCACCAUCCACUGAGAGAGUGAGGAAUUAUACUGAGUGAGUCCACCAUCCACUGAGAGAUACAAGAACUAUACUGAGUGAGUCCACCAUCCAUUCAGAGAUACAAGAACUAUACUGAGAGAGUCCACCAUCCACUGAGAGAGUGAGGAAUUAUACUGAGUGAGUCCACCAUCCACUGAGAGAGUGAGGAAUUAUACUGAGUGAGUCCACCAUCCACUGAGAUAUACAAGAACUAUACUGAGUGAGUCCACCAUCCACUGAGAUAUACAAGAACUAUACUGAGUGAGUCCACCAUCCACUGAGAGAGUUCACUAUCCACUGAGAGAGUCCCCCAUCCACUGAGAGAGUGAAGAAAUGUACUGAGAGUCCAUCAUUUACUGAGAGGUGCAAGAAACAUACUAAGAGAGUCCAUCAUUCAUUUAGAGAAACAAAAAAACAUACGGUCAGUGAGAGAGUUCACCAUCCACAGAGAAACGUCAUGUACACCGUGAGAGAGCCCAUCAGCCAUUGAGAAAAAGAGGGUACUUACAGAGCCCACCAUCCACUGGAUUAAACCAGAGACACACACUGAGAGAAACGAGAUUCACUCUGAGAUACUUACUGAGAGUCCACCAUUCAGGGUGACAGUCAAAAAAAAAAAAACAAGCAAAAACAAAGUCUACCUUUCACUGAGAGAAAAGAGACAUGCACCGAGUAGCUAUCAUCCAUUGAGAGAAAUGAGAGACAACCACUGAGAGAGAGUACCUAGUUAUCAGAGACAAACAGGAGACACUCAACUAAGAGUUCACCAUCCAACAAAACGAGAGGUGAAUUACAUCACUGAUAACUAAACUCCCCAAAGGUAAUACAAAUUACAGCAUCCACUGUAUGCAAUAAGUGAUACCCAGGGACCAAGAGAGACCAUCUUUUAUAAAGAGCACAAUAUACCUAGCCACUGAGACACAGUGAAUAGUGGUAUCAUCUACUAUAAAAAAACAAAACAAAAAACAACCCUAAAUCCCACAGACAGAGACUAUUGGCAUCACACACUUUACGGAAUUCAAUAAAGGCUAGUGGCAUCACCCACUGUUCCAAACACAAGCUAUUCACAAGUGAGAAACACUAGUGGCACCAUCCACUGUUAAAAAAGGAGACAUCCAGCCACUGACAUAUCAGUGGGAUCAUCCACUGUAAGGAAGAAGAGACAUCUAGCCAAUGGGAGACCAGUGGCAUCAUUCAUAUUAAGGAACACUAAGUAUCCAACCACUGAGAGAACAGUGACUUCAUCAGCUGUGAGGAACAAGAAACAUUUAAGCACUGAGAGACCAGUGACAUCAUCUUUUGUAAGGAAAUACAAGGCAUCCAGACACUGAGAGACCAGUGACAUCAUCCACUCUAAGGGACAGCCACCGAGAGCGGCGAAAAGAGAUAACUAGCCACAAACAGAGAGAGAGAUCAUCAGUCAUCCUGAGAAACAGGAGAUACAUCUAGACACAAACUGAGACAAGUGAUAACACAGCAACUGAGUGAGGCAGGGUACCAAACCUCCAGGAGAAACCAAUAACAGCGCUGAAGAAGAAUCAGAGUGACAAGUGACACAUGGACUGAGAGAGACAUCUAGCUGCUGAGUUUCAAAACAAAUCAGCCUUGUAUAGGUAGUCAGAGACACCUGAGACACCCCUUGCAUAUACAAGAGACACCUCCUGGAAGAGACACUACAGAUUGGACCAGAGAGAGAUAUCCAAGAGGAGUAACCAGGACAAUAGCAACCAAGAGAUGUACUCAGUAGACCCACAGCGCUAACGUCACCUUACUCGUGUUCCUGUCUACAGAGCAUCCUGGGGCCUUGCUGUGCAGGGUGGGGGUCCACUUCCCAUCUUCAUGUCUGUCCAACCUUUGGACACCGGAAUGAGCUUGCCUACCCAAUCUGAUGGAGUGAAGGGGCGAGAGCCAGCGCUGGAGCUCCUGAGCCGGGCACAGGGACACACACUGCCUGCUGCAGUAGAGGUUAGCCCUCUGCUCUCAGCAGCGGUGCCAUCUCCCAGCAGUCUCCCCCAAAGUCCUGGGGAGCUGAGGACAGAGCCAAGAGUAGGUGGCGCACCUGGAGGAACCUUGGAUGCUGUGACACGGGAACAGCAACUCCAACAGCAGCUACUUCUCCUCAAACAGCAGCAGCAGCUACAGAAACAGCUCUUAUUUGCAGAAUUCCAGAAACAGCACGAGAAUCUGACCAGGCAGCAUGAGGUCCAAAUCCAGAAGCACCUCAAGCAACAGCAGGAAAUUCUGGCCGCAAAGAGGCAGCAGGAACUGGAACAGCAGAGAAAACGUGAGCGACAGAGACAGGAGGAGGCCGAGAAGCAGAGACUGGAGCAACAGCUGCUGAUACUGAGGAACAAAGAGAAGAGCAAAGAAAGUAAGAACACACUGGAAACCAGGAAAGGUGCCAUUGCCAGUACAGAAGUGAAGUUGAAGCUCCAGGAGUUCUUGCUGAGUAAAUCUAAGGAGAUGCCGGGGAACCAUUCCAUCUUGCAGCACCCAAAAUGCUGGGGCACCCACCAUACCUCACUGGACCACAGUUCCCCUCCUCAAGCUGGCUCACCCGCCACUCCUCCCUCCUACAAGCUGCCUCUUAUGGGGAACUGCGACGGGCGAGAUGACUUUCCACUCCGCAAGACUGCCUCUGAACCCAACCUUAAGGUACGCUCACGGUUAAAGCAAAAGGUUGCAGAAAGACGUAGUAGCCCUUUGCUUCGCAGAAAAGAUGGGACCGUUAUCAGUGCAUUCAAGAAGAGAGCCAUUGAGAUCCAGGUGUCAUCGGUGUGUAACAGUGCUCCAGGAUCCGGGCCCAGCUCUCCAAACAGCUCGAAUAGUGCCAUCUGCGAGAACGGACUGACUGGGAGUGUGCCCAAUAUUCCCAGCGAGAUGCUUCCCCAGCAGAGAGUUCUCACCCUGGAAGGGACAGGCGGCCCUCUAGGACUAUACACCUCUCCCUCCCUGCCCAACAUAUGCUUGCAAGGGAGUGCCAGCAACCUCAGCGGCCAGUUCACCCCCCAGGAGGGGGCAGAGCGGCAGAGCCUGCGCCCAGGUGGCCCCUUCCUCAGUACUGCGCAGCUGCCCAGCCUGGACGGAGGGGAGAUAAGCGGCCUAGGAGCUCCUUCACUUCUUCAGCAUGUUCUAUUAUUAGAGCAAGCAAGACAACAAAGCGCCCUUAUUACAGUUCCCCUGCAUGGUCAGUCCCCCCUGGUGGGUGGGGAACGUGUCUCCAGUUCUCUCCGGUCUGUCAGUAAGGGCCAACGGCAUCGACCGCUGAGCCGCACACAGUCUUCUCCCCUCCCACAAAGCCCUCAGGCCCUCCAGCAGCUGGUUCUCCAGCACCAGCACUAUCUGGACCAACAACAACUCAGCAAGGGUGCAGAGAGUAUUCGUCAGCCACCUAUACACCCCGAGGAGACAGAAGAAGAGUUGACAGAACAAGAUGGAGGAGACAGGUGUCGUGCCAUAUUCACCUUAGACGGAGGUACAGAGAGUGAAGAAACACUAGAUGAUGAAGAUGGAGGAGAGGAUGAGGAGGAAGAAGAAGAGGAACGGACCAAUGGUUCUGAACAUGCACUAAAAAAGCUGUUCCCGGACACCUUGCCCCUAUACCAGGGCUCGCUCUCCCACACGGCACUGAGUCGCACCCAGUCCUCCCCUGCAGCUCCACUCAGCGCCUGCAGUACAGAGCCACGUCGCAGAGUGCUUUCCACCACUGGCCUUGUCUAUGAUACCCUGAUGCUAAAACAUCAGUGCACAUGUGGGGACACCAACAACCAUCCAGAGCAUGCUGGGAGAAUACAAAGUAUCUGGUCCCGCCUGCAGGAAACUGGUCUUUUGGGCAAGUGUCAGCGCGUGCGGGGCAGGAAGGCCACGUUGGACGAGAUUCAGACGGUACACACAGAACAUCACACCCUUCUGUACGGGACCAGCCCACAGAGCCGUCACAAGCUGGAGAGCAAGAACCUGCUGGGACCUUUGUCUCAGAAGCUUUAUGCGGUUCUACCCUGCGGGGGGAUUGGGGUGGACAGUGACACGGUAUGGAAUGAACUACACUCUCCACCUGCAGUGCGGACAGCUGUGGGCUCUCUCCUCGAGCUGACUUUCAAAGUGGCAUCUGGAGAGUUGAAGAAUGGCUUUGCAGUUAUCCGUCCACCAGGACAUCAUGCCGAGGAGUCCGUUGCCAUGGGUUUCUGUUUUUUUAACUCUGUUGCUAUUGCGGCCAAACUACUGCGUCAGAAGAUGAACGUGGGCCGGAUACUGAUAGUGGACUGGGAUAUUCACCAUGGCAAUGGCACUCAACAAGCAUUCUACAGUGACCCAAAUGUUCUCUAUAUGUCUCUCCAUCGUUACGAUGAUGGUAACUUCUUUCCAGGCAGUGGCUCUCCAGAAGAGGUGGGCGCUGGCUGUGGAGUGGGGUUUAAUGUGAACAUUGCGUGGACAGGUGGUGUGGACCCCCCAGUGGGUGAUGCUGAAUAUCUUGCUGCUUUCAGAAUGGUGGUCAUGCCCAUAGCCCAGGAGUUUGCCCCAGACUUUGUCCUGGUUUCAGCUGGAUUUGAUGCAGUUGAAGGACACCAGAGUCCACUUGGGGGCUACUCGGUGACCGCAAAGUGUUUUGGACACCUCACAAAGCAGUUAAUGACUCUAUCUGGAGGACGGGUGGUCCUGGCGCUAGAGGGAGGUCAUGAUCUAACUGCCAUCUGUGAUGCCUCUGAGGCCUGUGUGUCGGCUUUGCUGGGCAUGGAGCCUGCACCACUUGAUAACAGUGUCCUCCAACAGAGGCCUAGUGACAACGCAUUGACCACUCUAGAGAGAGUCAUCGCUAUCCAGAGCAAACACUGGAGCUCAUUAAAGAGCAUUGCUCUGGGACGAUCCCUCCUGGAAGUGCAGCAGGGAGAGGUGGAGGAAGCAGAAACAGUCACUGCAAUGGCUUCACUAUCCGUUGAUACAGACCAGAACCCUACAGACUCCAGAUCCACAGAAGAGCCAAUGGAAGACGAACCAGUGCCGUGAGACCCUCUCCCCUACUCACCCCAGAAUCCAACACACCACAGUUCUUUUUUUCUUAUUUUAUUUUUUUAUUUUAUUUUUUCUUAGUUUUUGUUAUGGUGAUCUUUUAUUUUUUCUAUUAAAACCGAAAAACAGGAAAGAAAAACAAAAAAAACAAAAAAAUAAUAUUACUAAAUGGGUCCGAUGUCCAGAGUCCUCACAGCCGAAGUUAGCACACUUACUACCCCAAACUAGGACCUCUCUCUCGUUAAGUCGCUCCCCAUUUCUGCUGCUGUGCUGAAUCUGGUCUCACUGCUGCCCUCAAUGGGUGGAAACAACGUAAAGACAACUGCCAACUUCUCAUCAUUCUGUGCCUGAUAAAACACUAAUAUAUAAACAUAUAUAUAACUCUAUAUGGACACACACAUUAAUGCACACACAUGCCUUAUAUUUAUGUAGCACUUGAUAACUGGCCCAGAACAAGUGAAUUUGAAUUCAGAUUUCAAAGAAAGCUGGUCUGUAUUCAUCAAAGGCCAUAUUUAUUUGCUGUUUUUCCCACUAGCCAAAAAAAUGGGAGUUGAAACCGUCGAUAUAGUCCAUAUUCACAGCUUACUGAUAAUGCUGUGAAUGUGAGAUGCCUGGCAACUAUUUAAAUUGAGGAAUUUUGCACAAUAAAAUAAUUUCAGGCAGCAGUUACCAAUUCAGUUUAAACUCAGGGGACUGUUCACUAAACUUAACUGGCUUUUAAAAUGUAG